GCGGAGCCCCUCGGUUGCCACCCUCGGAGCCGUGCGGCCGCCCGCGCUAGCUGCGGAGGAAGGAAAAGGCUGGCGGCCGCGUGAUGUGAAACAGAGAAUUAACGCCCAGCCCGUCCCGGGAGCGAAAACAAGGAAGGAGGGGAGGGGAGAGGGAAGGCGGACGAGAAAGGGAAGGGAAAAGAAAAAAAAAAAAAAAAAAAGAGCGAGCGAGAGACCAUUAAAAACAGCGCAAAAAAGCCCCAGAAAAGGGAACGUCACAUCCCCUUGACCCUCCAAUCACCUCGGGGUCCCAUUUGAUUGGAAGGCGGCAAAGGCUUUAAUCUCCGGCUAAUUCAGCUGCUUUUGAAGUGAGUUUCUCCGCCAGAUCCCGGGCUGGAUGGGCAGCGGCUCGCAGCGCAGCUGAGCGGCGGAGCGCAGCGCCCGGCCCCGCUCAGCCCCGCCGAGGGCAGCCCGCAGCGGCCCCGGGGCACGGCGGCACACGCUCGCAGCCCCCCCGCCUCCAGCGCAGCCCACGGAUUACUCGGCUUUUUUUUUUUUUCCUCCUUUCCUCCUCUUUCUCUCCGGCCAGCUCCCCCUCGCCCCCCCGCUCCCCACCCACGCCCUCCCCGCCGGAGCGAGCCGCAGGACGUUUUAUGGUUGUUUUCCCGCUCGGGGGGCGUGCGGCUUUUUUCCCUCCCCGCCCGCAGAAGGCGAGCGAGCCUUUCCGAGUGCGAGCGGCGCGACUUGCCCCAGUUUUCAUGCGAGGUUUUGGGUCAUGAUCACAUCGCCCUCGCUUUCUGCUCCGAGAAGUAGUAGUAAGCGCAGCAGCAGCCUCAGCGAGCCCGGAGGCAGCCCCCGCCGCAGCCGCAGCGCCGCCGACCUCGCCGGGCCGCCCGGGCACGCUGGGAAUAGCGGCAGCAGCAGCAGCGCCGCCGCCAAGCCCGGCUUCCACGCCGUGCCCCCCUCGGACCCGCUACGCCAAGCCAACCGCCUUCCCAUCAAAGUCCUGAAAAUGCUCACGGCGCGGACUGGACACAUUUUACACCCCGAGUACCUGCAGCCUUUACCCUCCACGCCCGUCAGCCCCAUCGAGCUGGAUGCGAAGAAGAGUCCCCUGGCCCUUUUGGCACAAACUUGCUCGCAGAUAGGGAAGCCAGACCCGUCCCCUUCCUCCAAACUCUCGUCGGUCACCUCUAAUGGCUCCGGAGGCGACAAGGACUCCAAGUCGGGCCCCCUGAAGCUCAGCGACAUCGGCGUGGAGGACAAGUCGAGCUUCAAGCCCUACUCCAAGCCGGGCGCCGAGAAGAAGGAGCCAGGGGCGACGGGCUGCGCGGGCGUCCCCGCCACGGGGGUCGCGGCCGGGGAGAAGUCGGGAUUCCGGGUGCCGAGCGCCACCUGCCAGCCGUUCACCCCAAGGACAGGCAGCCCCAACUCCAGCGCCUCCGCCUGCUCGCCGGGGCUGCUGCCGGCCGAGGGCAAAGGCGGGGAGGACAAGAAGGACUCGGAGGGCUGCGGAAAGAGCGGCAGCUCCGGCUCGGAGGGAGGCCCGGGCACCACCAGCAUCAGCCACAGCCGGAUUAGCGUGAGCUGUGCCGGGAUUAACGUGGAGGUCAACCAGCACCAGGAGAGCGCGCCGGGCUCCAAGCCCAUCGCCUCGGACUCCGCCUCCUCCUGCAGCAGCACCACCGCCACCUCCUCCACCUCCGUCCUGGGCUCCGGACUCGUAGCCCCCGUCUCCCCCUACAAGCCGGGCCAGACCGUCUUCCCCCUGCCCCCGGCGGGCAUGAGCUACCCGGGUACGCUGGCUGGAGCCUACGCCGGCUACCCGCCGCAGUUCCUGCCGCACGGAGUGGCGCUGGACCCCACCAAAUCCUCCAGCCUGGUGGGAGCCCAACUGGCCGCUGCCAGCAGCCUGGGCUGCAGCAAGCCGGCGGGGUCGAGCCCUCUGGCGGGCGCGUCGCCGCCCUCGGUGAUGACGGCCAGCCUGUGCCGAGACCCCUACUGCCUGAGCUACCACUGCGCCAGCCACCUGGCCGGCGCCGCCGGCGCCUCCUGCGCCCACGACCAGGCCCUGAAGUCCGGAUACCCCCUCGUGUACCCCACGCACCCCUUGCACAGCGUCCACUCCUCGCUGACCGGCGCCACGCCGCCCUCGCUGGCCGGCCACCCUUUGUACCCCUACGGCUUCAUGCUCCCCAACGACCCCCAGCCGCACAUCUGCAACUGGGUGUCAGCCAACGGACCCUGCGACAAGCGCUUCGCCACCUCGGAGGAGCUGCUUAGCCACUUGCGGACCCAUACUGCCUUCCCGGGCACCGAUAAACUCCUCUCCAGCUACCCCAGCUCCUCGUCGCUGGCCAGCGCGGCGGCCGCGGCCAUGGCAUGCCACAUGCACAUCCCCACGACGGGCGCUCCGGGCAGCCCGGGCACGCUGGCGCUGCGCAGCCCGCACCACGCGCUGGGACUAGGCAGCCGCUACCACCCCUACUCCAAGAGCCCGCUGCCCACCCCCGGGGCCCCCGUGCCCGUGCCCGCCGCCACGGGACCCUACUACUCCCCUUACGCACUCUACGGGCAGAGACUCACCACAGCCUCGGCGCUAGGCUACCAGUGAGCGCAGGCGGGGCGGCUCCGGCGCAGCCCGGGGCCUGGCGGGGAGGGAAGGGAGCCCUCCGAAACUUUAUAAAAGUUGGAAAGGAAAAAAUAAAAAAAUAUUAAAAUCGGACUUUUUAUAAAAUGGUGUUCAUUUGAGGACUGGAUCCAUGAGCACUGUAUUUAUUUAUGUUAGCUUCAAGCGGGACAACGACUCAUAAAGUGCAUUACCUAUUGAGCUCAGUUAAGUAAAAGUGGAACACCCAUUGUAGAAUAUAAAUAAAAAGAUAGAGGUCUUCUCUUUAAUGUUACUUUAAAAUUGCUAUGAUUGUAUUGUACGUUCUUAUUUAAUGUCUCAUUGAAACAAAAAAUUUACAUGCAUGUUUGUUACUAAAAAACAACUCGCAAUUUGUCAGUUAUAAUUUCAAAUUGCAAUUAUUUUUAAGGUGUAUACCCUUGAAAGAGAAUUGGUAUUUUUUUGUAUGUAUUCUGGAAGAAAAACAAAAACAAUUCUAUUCCAAAAACCUCAUUUGCCUUAUUUUGUUCUUUAAAAGGAACAUAACUAUUUUUAAUUUUUAAGUCCACCCUGUAAAAAGGGUUAAGGUUUACGUCAUGUACUAAAAUAGACAAUGUAUUGCUUUAAAGAUUAAAAUUCCGUAUAUUUGAUGUAUUAAAAGGUUUUACUUUUUUUUUUUUUAAAUAUGCUUUGAUUCUGUUAUAAACCCGAGUAGGUCUUGGAUGGAGGCGAUUGCUAAUUUCUCCUUAAGAGUUUAUUCAAUUUUAAUUAAAAUUUAAAAAAAAAGUUUUUUUUAUUGUAACCCCAGGGCUCUUUUUUUUUUUUAAAGAAAAAUCAUAAGUUUUUUUUUUCCCCUCCACUUCUACUUCAGUAGAAUUCAUAGGCACGAAAUAAGAAAACUAAGAAUCGUUUACAUCUCUUUCACUUUCCUGAGGAAAAUUAACUUAAAAAAAUUACUGUGAAAACCGUUUUCUUUUUAAACUGGGUUUCAAUUAAAAGACUUCGUUCUUUCUUUAGGAAGAAAACCGGGGAAGGCAGGACUUAUUUGUAAAAGAGUAAGAAGAUUAUCCGAAAGCUUUUUACAGUGUAAUGCGUAACCAUUCAUCUCCUUUUCUAAAUGAGAAGUUCAGAAGUAAUUGGGGAAGCGCUACUUGAUCUCAUCCAGUUAUUUUCAAUUUCUUUCUUCAGUUCCUACCGCAGCAUAAAUGAUCAUCAAGUUUUUGUUUUUGUUUUUGUUUUUUUUUUUUUAAAUAAAAAACCGGACGCUCUGAGAACUCCUUUUCUUUUUAAAAGGAAGGGACGGGGAGGAAAAAGACCACAACCAACCAAACAAAAAGAAGCCCGUCCGCUAUUCAGCCCGAGUUUGCUCUCUCCCGAAGCGCAGUGCCAAACUCGACGUGAUGCCGAGAGGGGCUGCCCCUGCCCGUGUCGCCUCCCUGCCUCCCAGCUCGGGCUUCCCGGGGCCCGCGCCCGGUUCCGGCUCCAGCUCGUCGGCCCGCGCCCAGAGUGCAAAACGUACGCUGGAGCUAAAAUACAGGGGUGCCUUUACGACGGAAAGAUUUUACUCAGCGAUAGGAGGCUCCAUUUUCUAAGACUGGAAAGUCACUCACUGCCCAUCCCCUGCCUUCGAAACUACCCUCGGUACAGCAAGCAAGGUACGCGCAGUGCGAGGACUGGAUCUGACUCUCUUCUCUUUACUCUGAGUUUUUUCCUGAACUGUCCACAUCUGCACUCGAAAUCACCCAGCAAGUGGAGUCCUGAAAGGCCCAAGCUUUCUGAAACAAAAGUAAAUGUGCAUUCCUGUUCUGCAAAAACGUAGAUCUUCAUAGAACUUCAGUCUUUCAUAUUUAGAAAGGACGGAGAGAAAUACUGCCUUUCUUUAACACUACUGGCUUUCACUCCAGGCACUUAGUAUAGCACCGCUCAGUAUCCCCUCCUCACUCCCCCCCCUCCCUCCCCCC